GCAUCAGGGGUCUGCAGCACCAUGGCCCAGGCCCUGGGGGAGGACCUGGUGCAGCCUGGUGAGCUGCAGGAUGACUCCAGCUCUUUGGGGUCUGACUCAGAGCUGAGUGGGCCUGGCCCAUAUCGCCAGGCUGACCGCUAUGGCUUCAUUGGGGGCAGCUCAGCAGAGCCAGGGCCAGGUCACCCUCCUGCAGACCUUAUCCGCCAGCGGGAGAUGAAGUGGGUGGAGAUGACCUCACGCUGGGAGAAAACCAUGUCUCGGCGGUACAAGAAGGUAAAGAUGCAGUGCCGAAAAGGCAUCCCCUCGGCCCUGCGGGCCCGGUGCUGGCCCCUGUUGUGCGGGGCCCAUGUGUGUCAGGAGAACAGCCAUGGCACUUAUCAGGAACUGGCUGAGGCCCCUGGGGAUCCACAGUGGCUGGAGACCAUCGGCAGGGACUUGCACCGCCAGUUCCCCCUGCAUGAGAUGUUUGUGUCACCCCAGGGUCACGGGUACGAGGCCAGUGAUACCCAGGGACCCCCAGCCCCGCAACCCCCAGGCAGCAGGGGCUCCUCCAGGUGCUUAAGGCCUACACCCUAUAUCGGCCAGAACAGGGCUACUGCCAGGCCCAGGGCCCGGUGGCUGCCGUGCUGCUCAUGUAUCUGCCCCCAGAGCCCCAGCACUGAGUCCAGGCUCCUGGCUCCAGAGUCACCCCAGAUGGUGUCCAGACCCUCCCCUGCGCCCCUUUCCCCCGCCCUGCGGUCCCCUCCGUGGUCCCCUCUGCGGUGGGCACUCAAGGCCUGUGCCCGCCCCCAGGAGGCCUUCUGGUGCCUGGUACAGAUCUGCGAGGUUUACCUCCCUGGCUACUACGGGCCCCAUAUGGAGGCUGUCCAGCUGGACGCCGAGGUAUUCACGGCCCUGCUGCGGCGGCUGCUCCCGCGUGUGUACAAGCACCUGCAGCAGGUGGGCGUCGGGCCCCUGCUCUACCUGCCCGAGUGGUUCCUGUGCCUCUUCGCCCGCUCCUUGCCCUUCCCCACCGUGCUGCGUGUCUGGGACGCUUUCCUUAGCGAGGGUGUGAAGGUGCUGUUCCGCGUGGGGCUGACACUGGUACGCCUGGCCCUGGGCACCACUGAACAGCGCCUGGCCUGCCCAGGGCUCCUGGAGACGCUCGGCGCCCUUCGAGCCAUCCCGCCCACCCAGCUGCAGGAGGAGGUCUUCAUGCCCCAGGUGCACAGCGUGGCCCUGUCCGAACAGGACUUGCAGCGGGAGAUCAAGGCCCAGCUGGCCCAGCUGCCCACGUCGGCAUCUGGGCCACCCCCGAGGCCGCAGGCCCGCCUGCCUGGGGCCCAAGCCAUCUUUGAGGCCCAGCAGCUGGCAGGAACCCGGGGAGCCACCAGGCCCGAGGUACCCCGCAUCGUGGUGCAGCCCCCGGAGGAGCCCAGACCGCCACGGCGCAAGCCCCAGACCCGAGGCAAGACUUUCCAUGGGCUGCUGACUCGGUCCAGGGCCCCCCCUAUCGAGAGCCCCGCCAGGUCCCAUCGAGGCUCCACCUCCUCCCUGGACACCCGAUUCUGAAGGUCCCACUUCUGAGGGGUACCAGAGACUCGGGGUCCCCCAACCCCAAUAGCCUGAACGGUGGAUGCCAGCCUCAAAGUAGGCACCGCGCUUUACAGCCGGGAUGGAUGCCUCAGCUUCUUUCCCGUGGACUGUGUCAGGCUCGAGGAUGAAGGAAGGUGAGAGAGUGAGGUUUGGGGGACCCAGGCCCAUCAUCCGCCCAUGGAGCUGUCCUGGUGCCUGGGCCCUUGUAAGCCAUCAAGCUGGCGCUGAAGGAGGGUGAGAUUAGGGGCACAGGCUGGGCUUAGGGGACCCCAAGGCUCCCGGGGAGGCCUGCAAUAAAGUCUGAGCAGAAGCCCGUAUGCAGUCAGAUGGAAUGCCUUCCAGCCUCUACCCUGGACCAGCGGCUCCUUCCCCUCCGGCCCUCACUCCCCUCACAGCCCCGCCCCUCCUAGUCCAGCCCUGGCGCCUCGGGGCACACUGAGGCC